UAGUAUUUAGAAAUCUUCAUUAAAUAGACAUAUCAGUAUGAGCAAUCCAAAUAGAGAAGUGUUGAAGUAUAGAGGAAAAUACACGCCCGAACUUUAUAAUCAGUUUUUCAAUCCGAAUAUUUGCCACGUUUGCAAGUCGAUAGAUAGAGACAAUUUGAUAUUAUGUGACCAGUGUUGCUUGAUUUCAUACUGCAGCAAAGAGCACAAAACGAUACACUACAUAGAACAUAUGGAAAUCUGCACUAUUAUAGCUGAAGUUUUGAAAGUAAAAUCGCAGAGAGACACUUGCGGAUACAGCGACUGGCAACAAUGGAUUCAAUCAAGGAAAGAAUUUAUGAAAUUAAUUCAACAAAAAAUUGACCGACCUAUGGAGCCAUACAUGCAGCAAAUGAUCUUGUGGUCAAAAUCAUGUAUUGUUUGUUUCAAACAAACUGAACUGCGUGUUUGCAAGAGAUGCUUUUCCGCUAAUUAUUGUGAUGAGCACGCAGAAGUCUUUCAUAAGAAACAUUAUAACGGCAAAUGUGAUCGUCUGAUGCUAGCACUCAAUAUAGAUAUCCAAACUAUCUCUGGUAAAAUUACUAAUAUAUCCUACGAAUUCUUUAAGCUGGUUAAUUACUGUAGUCAUUUUGAAGAGAUGCUGGAAUUUUGUAUGAAAUUUAUGCUAAUGCAAAGAAGAGACCUGGAUUGGAUUACUAAAGAUUUUGUCCAGUCUGAUUACCUUUCAGACCCAUUGACGAUCUAUUCCGGAUUAGACAGAUUAAGUUGGUUAAUUAUUUUACAACAAUAUCAUGUUAUUAUUCAUAUUAUAGCUGCAAAUCCUAUGAAGAGAGAGGGUCUACUAGCUUGGGAAAUUUUGUUACACCUUGUACCUGAAUUGCAGCAUCUAACGAUUAUAAUGAUAGGGUCAGAAUUAGUAUAUAAUUCUGAUUCACCGAAACUUUGUUUUUCUUGCAUGUGCAAGAAAAAGGAAUUGACUAUACUUUCGUUUCCUAUGUUAUACCACGAUUAUCUAGACUCAUCUGCGAAAUUUAAGAUACCAACUAUUAUUAUAGGAUUUCAGGUGGAACUUAAUAAGAGUGAUACAUGGUUGAAACCUCUAGAAGCAAUCGAGAGUCAAUGUACUCCGUUAUUUUUAACCUGUGUAUCCGAAAAAAUAGCGCGGAAUAACAUAAUUAUAAUACAAGAAGUUCUGGAUAAAAUCGUAGAACCUAUUUUUAGUAAAAGAAAUCAUUUCAGUGGUCUUACACCACAUAAAGACUUAGAGACUGGCGAUACCUAUUUUCGUAAUGAACAUUUAAUUAUCUACAGCGAUUUGCUUCUUUACGAUACUGACCAAUCCAUUACUAGCUCGGAAGAAUAAUUGUACUAUCGCUUUAGGAACAAUACCAUAAAUUGGAUACCAUAAAUUAAGUUUUUGUGUGUGUGUGUCAAAUAAACUCUGAGUGUUUUUAAUAAAGAUUACCCUUUUUCAUCGCGCUUAUAUUGUUUUUCAUCGAUAAGGUAUUAUUAUAGUAAUAGAUGUAAUAAUUGAAUAAUCACAUAACAUACUUUAUACAGUGUAUUUAACAAUUAGUAAUUUAAUUAAGACAACGAAUAAAAUCCGCUCGUAUUAAUAGUAA